CCAUCACCUAUUUGGGCUCUGCUUGCGAAAUAUGUCUGUCAACGUUGACAACUCGUCGAUGGGACACUGCGAUACGACGUGACGGCCUAAACGGUUAACCGGCGCAAUCUAACAACGACCUCCAAUAAUGCCCGGGAAGAAUGAUAUGCCGAGAUGUGCUCGGGGAGGGUACAUAAUGGAAGAAGUCUGUACUGCUGACGUGUGAUGCGAUGUAACUUUGAAGAAGAGAAGCUGUGACAAUUGCAAAGAUGAAGACUCCAGAAGAACUUCUCGCGCUCGCGGAUAUCAAUCCUGAACUUGAAGAGAUCAUCAAGAAAUAUGGCCCUAUUCCGAGCCUCACGGCAGACAGCGAUAUCCCCAAGAUCCGACAGCAGCUCAUUACUCGAAAACGCCAGAUGACGGCACUUACUGAGUCUGCCGAGAAGAAAGAAAAAUAUGUUGAAGAAGAUAGGCAGAUUCCUGUCCGCGAUGGAACAACAAUUGCUGUGCGGAUACACAAGCCGAAGAACCCCGCCAAAGAUGGCUGUCCUAUAUUCGUCGUAUAUCAUGGAGGAGGCUUUUGUCUCGGCGGGCUGGACUCGGAAGUUCUGCUCUGCAGGAGGUUCACCGAGCUGGGAGGCAUUGCGGUGAAUGUGGACUACAGACUUGCACCUGAGCAUCCAUUCCCUGUUCCGCCUCAAGACGCUUAUGAUGCCUUGAAAUGGACUGCGGAAAACUUCACACAACUGGGAGGAAACCCCAAGAAAGGCUUUUUGGUUGGUGGCAUCAGUGCAGGCGCGAAUUUCACUGCGGUUGUGACACAUCUCUACCGUGAUGAUAAGCUAUCACCACCCCUCACCGGCGCCUAUCUCUCGAUUCCUGCUUGCAUGGCAGCGGAACUUUGUCCGGAGAAAUACAAGUCUGUAUGGCUAAGCCGAGAACAGAAUAAGGAUGCUCCCAUCCUCAAUAAUGAUAGUAUGGGGUUGUUUGAAAAACUCUACAAUCCAGAUCCUAAGUCCAAGUACCGAACUCCAAUGCUCUUCAAAUCCCAUAAAGACCUCCCAGCAACAUAUUUCCAGAUCUGUGGAAUGGACCCUCUUCGAGACGAAGCGUUCAUAUAUGAGGACAUAUUGAGGGAAGAGAACGGCAUCAAGACCAAAGUCGACGUUUAUCCUGGCUUGCCACAUGGGUUCUGGUCCUAUUUCCCUGAGGCGGAGUUUAGCAAGAAGCUUCAGGAAGAUUGUAUCGGAGGUAUGAAGUGGCUUCUGGAGCAGAGUAGCUGAAGAGUCUGGAAUGCUCGAGAUUGUUGAUAGCUGGAUAGACAACCUUUUCUCUUGAGGUCAAUAUGCACUAGUAGUCUAGCGUGGAGACCUCUGAUUUCGAUCAUUUGCCUUUAUGCUUAUGCUUUGAACUUAUAUCAUUAUGCUUCUUUUUCAACGGCUCCCCUGGAUUUACUUCCUCCUUUCGUUAGUGCUAGUAACGCAACGAAGAAAGAAAGAACACCUCAGUUGCAAAUUCACUACACAUUUUCACUAGAUAGAUGAUUAAAGUGUUUGUCCAAGAGGCAGAAAAUUUAGUGUAUUGAAAAUUAAUAAUUAUCCAAUCUCAG